GUGGACGUGAAGGAAAAGCAAGAGAGAGAGAGAGCAGAGCGCGAGGACCAGAGGGAGGAGGACAACGAGACAGGAGGACACAAACAGAAGCUCUCAGGACUACGACACAAGGAUCGUAUCUGCAGCAGAAACGGAGGUCCGUGUGGUCCGGAUUGUUCCGCAGGUCAGCUUUUUUCCUCCCCCGCUCCUGCGGUGAAACCAGCCCGACUUUCUGCUCUGGAGGCGCCUGCUCUUCCUCGUCAGGAAAAAAGAGGGUCUGUAGCGAGGAGGAGGUUUUACAGAGCAGCGGACUGGAGGCGCAGUGGAGGAGUUGGGAUGUCCUGAGUCAGUCCUCCGGUCCCAGAGAGCAGUUUGCCGAUGGGACCUGGUGCGCCGCCAUGAGUUUACAAGAUGGCGGCUGCAGCUAUGCCAGCAGUGCCAAUUUGGCCUCCAUUACUGGCAGCAUGCGGCGGCGCCUGGAGGACCAGGAGUUCAGCCUGCGCGUCUAUCCGGGCUCCCUGGCUGAGGGCACGAUCUACUGCCCCGUAAUCGCCCGCAAGAACACCACCGCUGCUGAAGCCAUCGAGUGCCUCAUUGAAAGAUUUCACCUGGAUCGUACCAAAUGCUACGUGCUGGCUGAGGUAAAAGAGUUUGGGGGGGAGGAAUGGAUACUCAACCCUGGAGACUGUCCUGUUCAGCGCAUGAUGCUGUGGCCAAGAAGCGCCCUAGAGAACCGCAGCGGCCUGGGCAGCGGCGAAGACUACCGCUUCCUUCUGCGGGAGAAGAAUCUGGAUGGAUCCAUUCAUUACGGUGGCAGCCUGCAGAUGUGGCUGAGGGUGACUGAGGAGCGUCGGCGCAUGGUGGAACGGGGUUUCCUCCCUCAACCUACAGGAAACGACCCUCCAUCUGAUCUGUGCGCUCUUCCAGAGUUGACAGAGCGCGCAAUUUUGGAAAGCCUUCGUGCACGCUUCCGACAGGAAAAGAUCUACACAUACAUUGGGAGUAUUCUUAUUGUGGUUAACCCCUUCCAGUUCUUGCCAAUUUACAAUCCUAAAUAUGUCAAACUGUAUGACAACCACACACUGGGAAAGCUGGAGCCGCAUAUUUACGCCGUGGCAGAUGUGGCAUAUCACGCCAUGUUGCAGAGACGAAAAAACCAGUGCAUAGUGAUUUCUGGUGAGAGUGGAUCUGGGAAGACUCAGAGCACCAACUUCCUCAUUCAUCAUCUCACAGCUCUUAGCCAGAAGGGCUUCGCCAGUGGGGUGGAGCAGAUCAUCCUGGGAGCAGGACCUGUGUUGGAGGCUUUUGGGAACGCUAAGACGGCACACAACAACAACUCCAGCCGUUUUGGGAAGUUCAUCCAGGUCAAUUAUCAGGAGAGUGGCACUGUCAGGGGAGCGUAUGUAGAAAAGUAUCUGCUGGAGAAAUCACGUCUGGUGUACCAGGAGCACAAUGAGAGGAACUACCAUGUGUUUUAUUACCUGUUGGCUGGAGCCAGUGAAGACGAGAGGAAGGCUUUCCACCUGCUCCGACCUGAGGAAUACCACUACCUCAACCAGAUGACAAAGAAAUCCCACAAACUUCUCUGGGACAAUUACUAUGAGAGUGAGCUGCAGGACUCCUUUACAGUAGAAGGAGAAGACCUGAAACAUGACUUUGAGCGGCUGCAGCUGGCGAUGGAGAUGGUCGGCUUCCUUCCCGCCACACGCAAACAGAUCUUCUGUCUGCUGUCGGCCAUCCUCCACCUGGGAAACAUCCGCUACAAGAAGAAGACCUACAGGGAGGACUCCAUCGACAUCUGUAAUCCAGAGGUCCUGCCUAUUGUUUCGGAGCUGCUGGAGGUGAAAGAAGAGAUGCUGCUUGAAGCCCUGACCACCAGGAAGACGGUGACUGUCGGAGAAAGACUCAUCGUUCCCUACAAACUUGCAGAGGCUGGCACAGUGAGGGACUCUAUGGCCAAGUCGCUGUACAGCGCGCUGUUUGAUUGGAUUGUAUUCAGAACCAACCAUGCUCUGCUCAACAACAAGGACCUUGAGCAAAAUUCAAAGAUCCUGUCUAUAGGAGUCCUGGACAUCUUUGGGUUUGAGGACUAUGAGAACAACAGCUUUGAACAGUUCUGCAUUAACUUUGCCAACGAGCGGCUCCAACACUAUUUCAACCAACAUAUCUUUAAACUGGAACAGGAGGAGUACAGGGCAGAGGGGAUCACCUGGCACAACAUUGAAUACAUCGACAACAGCAGCUGCCUCAACCUCAUCAGCAAGAAACCCACAGCUCUGUUCCACCUGCUGGACGAGGAGUGCAAUUUCCCUCAAGCUUCCAAUCAGACCUUGCUGGACAAGUUCAAGCGUCAGCAUGAAGGAAACAGUUACAUCGAGUUCCCUGCUGUCAUGGAGCCCGCCUUCAUCAUCAGACACUACGCGGGAAAAGUCAAGUAUGGAGUCAAGGACUUUAGAGAGAAGAACACUGACCACAUGCGCCCUGACAUUGUUGCCUUACUGAAGAGCAGCAAGAACGCCUUCAUCUGCGGCCUGAUGGGAAUCGACCCUGUGGCGACUUUCCGCUGGGCUGUUCUUCGAGCUUACUUCAGAGCUCAUGUGGCUUUCAGAGAAGCAGGUCGCAGACACACCCACAAAAAAACAGGGAAUGAUGCAGCAGUUCCUUCUACUGUUGUAAAAACUGUUGACAAUUUCAGUUUCCUUCACCACCCGGUUCACCAGAGGAGCCUCGAGAUCCUUCAGAGAUGUAAAGAUGAGAAAUACAAUAUCACGAGGAAAAAUCCACGGACACCUUUGUCAGAUCUCCAAGGCACCAACGCCCUGAAUGAGAAGGCCAGCUGGGAUGGCUAUGGCGUUGGAUGUAACGGUCGCAGCUCCAGAUCGGGUCGCAUCUCUACAUCGGGAAGCCCCGCCCUGGAAGAAGACGGGAUCUUCCUUAACUCAGCCAACAGUAAGCUCCUGGAAAGAGCUCAAGGAAUCCUACUGAGAAACAAAAACUGCAAAACUAAACUAAUCCUUCCCAAGCACUUGUUGGACGUGAAGUCUCUGCGCUAUCUGAGCAGUGUGACGCUGCAUGACCGCAUCACCAAAUCACUACUUCAUCUGCACAAGAAGAAGAAACCACCCAGCAUCAGUGCGCAAUUCCAGGCUUCACUCAAUAAGCUGAUGGAGACUCUCGAUCAGUCCGAGCCAUACUUCGUCAAGUGUAUUCGCUCCAAUGCGGAGAAGCUGCCACUGCGUUUCAACGACAGUCUGGUGCUCAGACAGCUGAGGUACACAGGAAUGCUGGAAACCGUCCGGAUCCGACAGUCAGGAUACAGCAUCAAGUACACCUUCCAGAACUUUGUGCAUCACUUUCAUGUGCUGCUGCCUCGGGGCACAAGCCCAACAAAGUCAGGUAUCAGGGAGUUCUUUAGACGGAUCCAUCUACCACCUGCAGGGUAUCAAGUGGGAAACACAAUGGUGUUCCUGCGGGAGGCAGAGCGACAGCGUCUUCAGACCCUCCUCCACCAGGAAGUAUUGCGGCGGAUUGUCAUGCUGCAGCGCCGCUUCAGGGCCGUCCUGGAGAGGAAACACUUUGUCAACAUGCGAAGAGCUGCGUGUACCAUCCAGCUAUGGUGGCGAUUUUGCCUCCUAAAGCAGUCUACCUUUGACCUGAGUGUGGAGGAGGGGGCAGCGGUGUGCCUGCAGGCAGCGUGGAGGGGUUACAGGGAGCGCAGCAAGUUCCUGCGCUGGCGAGCGUCUGCUGUUGUCAUACAGAGGAGCUGGAGGAGCCGCUGCCAUCGCAGGACUCUGGCAGCUACGACAAUCCAAACGACGUGGAGAGGGUUCAGAGAGAGGAGCCGCUACAUCAGAACAAACAAGAACGUGACUCAGUUCCAGGCAAUGGGCAGAGGAUACCUGGCUCGACUCAGGUUUAAAGGCCUCAAAGAGCAGCAUGAGAGAUUCAGGUGUCCAAAUCUUCCAGCAGAGGUGGAUUCUGGUACUUUAGAGGACUAUGCCUCAUCGGGACAGGAAGUUUAUCUGAGUGUAGAACCAUCUGCAGAACCUGAACCUGUUUCACUGGACAUUACUGAGACAGAUAAAGAGGAGGAUUCAGAACGCAGCCGGUGCACAGAUGAAACAAGCCAUAAGAACCGAUCCAAACGAGAGAGCAGACGAAUGAGAGAGCUGGAGCAGGCUCAGUUCAGCUUGGAGCUUCUCAAAGUCAGAACCACUAGCAUGGGAAACUCACUUCCAGAAGACGCAAAGAGCGACGCCUGUCUGGUGGAUGAGCAUCACGGGCGUUCACAGCAGGGAUCACCAGCUAGUCAUGGAAGCUUUGAGCUGCUCAGUGUAGAAGAGAUGGACACCGAAGGCUCUGGAGGAUUCGGUUCCCAGUCUGCUGCAUCUCAAGAACAACUCCAAACUCCUGAAAUUCUCAGAGACUCAAACCACAAUGAGAAACCUGUGAUGAAGCUACCAGACAAGGCAGAGGGGGCAAGAGCAAUGUUUUAUAUCGCUUCUGACCAAAGUCCAGUUCAUGAACCAAAAUCUAAAAGCCCUGGAAAAUCGCACAAAGAGAGGAGAGAGUCUACGUCUCGGAGGCCUGUAGUGGUGUUGAUCAGCAUGCAGAAGGAGAGUCCUGUGGACGAGGGAGAGCUGCUUGCAGCCCAAACCAUAGAAGGAGCUUCUCAAACAGGAGCAGCCGCUUCCCAAAUGACCCCCAUUGUUGGCUUGGAGGUUGGACCGCUUAAGCAACAACCUCGUGGAAUUUCUGCCCAGGCAAAGAGAGACAUGUUUGGGGUGGACAAAUCAUCUAAGCUUACAUCUCCCACCACUCAUGGAGAGAAUGUACAGGAAUCAGGACUUUGUCCCUCGGAGCCCAAGUCUAUUGUUCCCACUGCUUCCAGUGUCCUCCCAGAUCUGCAGAAGAGGAAGACUAUCCAGCCUGUGAAGGAGACUCCCAGCCCGGUGCUGGACACCAAACCACCAAAGGCUCAGAAGAAAAGCUCUGCCCAGACUGUGAUUGUGAACAUGGUGGAGAAACCCUCCAACUCUGUGUUCUCUCCACCCAGACGCAAGCUGCCAUUCUCCAAGUCAGAUAAGGAUUUGGUGAACCAGGAAAGAUCGUUAUCUCUCUCACUGCACAGAGACGAAUCCAAAUCUGCUGGAUCCAGAAACAGAGAGAACCAGGUGGGCCGCCCCGGUCCCAAAAAGAAAGCUCGAAUGUCCCGGACGCGCUCUGACUUCCUUACCCGCUGUAACUCUGAGGGAGCCACCCAGUCAGACGACGACGACGAAUACUACAUCCCUGCUCACUCCUGCACGCUGCCCCCCUCCUUGUCUCCCCCACGUGCCCAUCCCGAGGCCGACUGUCACAGUGACUCCGAGAUGUCGUCUCACAAAGACCAGAAGAAGAUUUAUAAGACCAUGUCAUCAGGGGAUCUUGGCAAGGUGGAGGUCCUCAGAAAAACCUCCAGUCAGGAUGGAAGCAGAAUGAGAGGGAAGAUGCGAUUCUGGAAUAAGUCGAAACAUGGUGAGAAAAAACUGUCAAGAGAGAAGCAGGCCAGCAGGAGUGAAGCUGGAGACACACAAGAAGGUCCAUCUCCUCCUCACAGUCCAGACUUGGAGGCGGCUCCUUCUCAUGGGGUGCGGGACACUAAAGAGAACAAGGAGCCGUCUCCUAAAAUGAGGCGGCGGCGCAGCGUGAAGAUCAGCAGCAUCGCUCUGGAACCAGCCCAGUGGCAGAACGACGCUCUGAACAUCCUCACCUCAGCUCACGACUACCGCAGCAUGAACGACUUCCUCAUGAAGAAGAUCGCUGAUCUGGACUCUGAAGAUGGUAAAAAGGACACCAUGGUGGAUGUUGUCUUCAAGAAAGCUCUGAAGGAGUUCAGGAUCAACAUCUUCAACUCGUACUCCACGGCCCUGGCUAUGGAUGAUGGGAAGAGUAUUCGUUACAAGGAUCUGUAUGCGCUGUUCGAGCACAUCCUGGAGAAAACCAUGCGGCUGGAGCAGAGAGACUGGAGCGAGUCGCCUGUAAAGGUGUGGGUCAACACCUUCAAGGUCUUCUUGGAUGAAUUCAUGACGGAGUACAAACCCAUGGAAGGAACCGUCGGCAGGGCUCCCAAGCGUGAGCGCAAGAAAUCAAGGAAGAAGGAAACUGACAUUGUGGAGGAACAUAAUGGCCACAUCUUCAAGUCCACUCAGUACAGCAUCCCCACCUACUGCGAGUACUGCUCCUCCCUCAUCUGGAUGAUGGAUCGUGCCUGUGUCUGCAAACUGUGUCGCUACGCCUGUCACAGGAAGUGUUGCUCAAAGAUGACGACCAAGUGCAGUAAAAAGUAUGAUCCAGAGCUGUCGUCACGGCAGUUUGGUGUGGAGUUGUCCCGUCUGACUAGUGAGGAGCGCGCUGUUCCCCAACUGGUGGAGAAACUCAUCAACUACAUCGAGAUGCAUGGCCUCUACACUGAGGGGAUCUACAGGAAGCCCGGCUCCAACAAUAAGAUCAAAGAACUCCGACAGGGGCUGGACACAGAUGUAAACAGUGUGAUCCUGGAUGACUACAAUAUUCAUGUCAUCGCCAGCAUGCUCAAACAGUGGCUUCGAGACCUGCCCAGCCCUCUCAUGACGUUUGAACUGUACGAGGAGUUCCUUAGAGCCAUGGGUCAGCCAGACAAGCGGGAAGUGAUUAGAGGGGUGUACUCAGUGAUCGACCAGCUCAGCAGGACACAUCUUAACACGCUGGAGCGCCUCAUCUUCCAUCUGGUUAGAAUUGCCCUGCAGGAGGAGACAAACAGGAUGUCUGCCAACGCCCUCGCUAUCGUGUUUGCUCCCUGCAUCCUCCGCUGCCCCGACACCAUCGACCCACUGCAGAGUGUACAAGACAUCAGCAAAACCACAGCGUGUGUGGAGUUGAUCAUCAAUGAGCAGAUGAACAAGUAUAAAGCUCGUCUUAAAGACAUCAGCAGUCUGGAGUUUGCAGAGAGCAAAGCCAAGAGCAGACUGACCCACAUCAGGAAGUCCAUGAAACCUGUACUAAUUGCUGUUAGGUUUAUGAGCAUUACCCGCACUGCCACCCCGCCUAACACAGCUAAGUUUAAGAGCAAAGGGCGUGUCUGGCAAAGUGACACCCAUGUGGCGUCGCCUCCUCUGAGCCCUAAAGCGGCAUCCGUGGUCGAUGGAGAAAUCGCAGGAGGAGCAGGAGAGGAGGCAGCAGAGGCCGGGGUGAACGAACAGCAGCAGCUGGCGAUGCAGCAGGAGGAGAGGAUCCUCACCGUGCAGAUCGAGAGUCUGCAGAAAGAGAAGGAGGAGCUGACGUUUGAGAUGCUGAUAUUGGAGCCACGAACGUCCGAUGAUGAGACUCCUGAAUCUGAGGCCUCCAUUGGCACAGCAGACAGCUCUGAGAACAUCACCAUGGAGACGGAGGGUGCCACAUCUGACCCCUCUGAGAGCGGCACGUACCGAUCCAGGAAGUCGGAGACAAAGAGAAGACGAGUUCUGCACCGCCAACCUGACUCCCAGGACUCUGUCGACUCCUCCUCCUAUCACCCCUCUUCCUCUCUCUCCUCCAACACUUCUGGCUCCCCAUCUCCUCACUACCGUUUCCGCUCUUCGUCCUCUGGGCCCCUGCUCACAUCCUGCGGCCUGGGGGCCCCGUUAGCAGAAGCAGAGGGGGGCAACCGAACGGGGAAGACUCGGCUCAGGCUCAGGCUGAGCCGCAGCUCACCUCGCGACUCCUCGAGGGGCCAUCAGAGAGAGUCGGACUUCAGCUCGGGGCCGCAGCAGCUGGUUCUGUAUGGCAGCAACGAGUUCAUGGUGUGAUGACGAGAGGUGGGGGGGACAGCCGCCGCCUAGUUGAGCUCAAGAGGGUUGUGAUUGAAAGGGAGGAGGGAGGGUGAGGGGUCAAAAAGCAGACCCUCCCCUUCCUCCCUUGGUCCAGUCAAAGCAGAGGACUGGAAAUAUGACACAGAGGUGCAGAUGGUAAAAGGAAGAGCUGAUGAAAGCUGGAGCAGCCUGGUCAGAGUGCUGUGUGGCCCCUGCAGGAGCACCAGGGGUCAGUUAGAGGGGCAAUAGGAGGACAAUGGAAGGAUCGGAGCUUUGACGCAGAGAAAAAAAAGAAAACCUUCAAAACCAAAUCUCACAGUGCCCCAUCUUUAUUUUUUUAGCGUGUGGGCAGGUGGUUGAAGCCACCCAGAAGAAAUGUAGCCAUACUGACUGAACUGGUGGAUAUUUAGUCUGCAACCAGCGUCAAGCUAAGCCUGCUUUUCACUUUUCCACAGGACACACCAGCCAAGAGGCUGCAUGCUUCUCCAUCACACUCCUCCUCACAUACAUUAGAAGAGACUGUGUCGAAAUCUGUUACAGCUGUUUAUUAUUAUUAUUAUUAUUAUUAUUAUUAUUAUUAUUAUUGUUAUGUAACAGAGGACAUAAGUGUACAUAGAACUGAAGUCCAGUGCUGCUCCUGGGUUGUUCAUUGUUGACUCGUCUCUGUUUCCUGUUUCGUAAAGUGAAGUGUCAGAAAUUCAGGUUCCAUUUUUGUUUCUGUGCUAGUUUUAUUUGGUUUGUGUUUGCUUUUUGGUAUUUCACAUUGAGCAGAGCCAGUUAAGGGGCGUUCUCUUGAGAAAUAAUAGAAGGAAAAGCUGACGACCAGCACUGACAGAGCCCACCCCUCCACCCCCAACCCGUCAGGUGUCACAAAAACUUGACGUGAGGUGUUGAAUGUCAGUCCCAAGUGUUUUGUAUCUGCCUUUUCCUGCAAGCAUUUGUUUUCCCUCCUGUGAUACUCAGAAACAAACAGUGUUACUGCAUCAGGACUUGAAUUUUUUAAUAUAUAUAUAUAUAUGUUAAUGUUGUAUUAUAGGUGUUGUUGAUAUCCAAGAUGUCAAGCUUAUGUUGUCAAUAUAUUCUUUCUUUUUUUUUUUUUUUUUGAGGGGGGGGGGGGGGGGGUGUCUGACGAAAGCCAUUUUUCUUUCCUGUCUGUGUGGUUAUUUGAAUGAAUGAAUGGUUUCCUCCAUUGUAUCACUCCCUGCAUGUGUAAUCCCUUCUAUACGCUAGCAUUUCCUCAGAAAUGUUCUUGUCUGCAGCAAUCAAGUGACACUAAGUGACAUUUAAUAAAAGGGGAUUUCUCGUCUCUUGCACUCAUACACACACUUAAGCCGUCCAUGAUAUUCUCUGAGCCGUACAGAAUACUCUCCUCUUCUUCGUCUUCUUGUUCACAGUAACUGUAGCUCUUCUAUCUUCUCUCACGGUUCUGGCUGUGAAAAGUAGCAUUUACUCUGCCUGUUAACCUGACAAAAAAAAAAAGAAAACAGUAGCAACUAACCCAGAUUGUCCAUGUGUUUCUACAUAUUCUUACUCUCCGUCUAUGUGUGUACAGUAUCUGAACCAUCCGUGUAACAUUCAUGGGCCUCUAUUCCGUAGCCCGACAGCAACAAUGUCUACUGUACUUUUCUCUUUUGAGCAAGCUUUUGCAUCCCCCCAUUUCUCCAACACAGUCAGUGUUUAUCACUUUCUCCUUAGAGCUGGAAGUCUCAGUGAUGAUCUGUUUUGAUGUAGGCCUGAAGAUUUGCAGCAUCUUUUUUUUCCCAUUUACAGCAUAAUAUAACCUACAUAAACUGUAAACCUGUUCAUAAAUAUUAAGUGAGUUUGUUUUUGGAAGUAAACUGAAACAACAAAAGUAAUUCCUGAUCAAAUAUCUUUACACUAAUAUUUGAUGGGAUGCUGUUUGUGGUGUCUGGUAUUCUGCAAAGGAAAAAAAAUGAUAAUAAAAAAAAGAAAAAAAUGAAUGUACCUGUCACUGGAAGGCAUGCUCUGCUUUCUCUGUUUUGUUUCUCUUUUAUACACAGUGUAUGUGCUAUUUAUGAUCAUGCUUUGGGGAUGUACGUUGGUAAAAA